UUACCUUUAUGUGAAUGCAUCGUCUGGCAGACAUGGUGACAGAGCAAGGAUCAUCAGCCCAUACAUCCAAGGAACAUACUGCAUGACGUUCAUGUAUCACAUGUAUGGUAUAAACAUGGGUACAGUCAUGGUAUACAUCAAGAUAAAUGGCACUCUGAGACCUGUGUGGAUAAAAUCGAGGAAUCAGUUCAACCGGUGGAGGAAGACUACUGUUUACUUGGAUGAGAAACAGAAAUUCCAGGUGGUUAUAGAAGGCAUAGUAGGUACUAGUAAGAAUAACGCUGCAAUUGAUGAGAUGACCUUUACUAAAGGACAAUGCCAACUAAUUUCAGUUCGAUGGGUUCAUGUUUACUACAAAAUGGAAACAAGUCACAGUUCCUUCAAAAUCCAUACGUCAAUCAGUUUUGUCUAUGAUGACUGGACAUACGACUUUUCUUUCACUGCAAAACAAACUCAAACCAGUCCUGACGAGGUUCUUUAUUUCAUCUAUCCAGAACCUGUAUGUACCAAGGAAGUCGCUUCGAAUAAAUUCUCGACUGCUGACUUGAAGUGCAUUCCUAUCGAAUUUUUUUACGGGUCGAAAAGAAAGGCGGUUGGACAAAGUAAGAUUCUAUUGAUGCGGCGAUCGGAUAGGUUGCCGUCAGAUGGAAUCGCAUUGGAAGGUGACAAGAAAUGCUGCCAAGAAGCCAUAAAAGGAUUCUUUUACGCAAAAACAACCAAAUUUAGGUCAUCUGCAUGUCUCCCUGGAUGGCAUUUUGUUGCUCCUUCUUGCAUCAGGUUAAUUACGACAAAAUUAGACUGGGUCUAUUCCAAUGACGCCUGCCGAAGACGAGGAGGCAAACUGGCUACCCCUAAAACGACAAAUGAGUUCAUGAACUAUUUCCACAACUAUUUCAAACCAUUAGUAUUUAUGGGGGUAGACAUAUUGUAUCAAAGGUUUUUCGUUGGGGUAGAGGCUACCGAUGGGCACCGAUGGCUCUGGAUAAAUAACAAGGAAACUGCUAAAGAUUUUCGGCUUAAUAAUGAAAGCAAGAGUUCGAUUGGUAAAUGUGGUGUACUUUUGAAAGAUCAUUCCAGAAAUGAGUGGACUUUGAAAGCUGUUUCGUGCAAUUCAAAGCUUUCUAGUUAUCUUUGCAUGAAAAGCGCAAGUCAGUCGUUGCAAUGUGAAAAGGGCUGGAUUCGUGCUAAUACAGCAUGUUUUAGAUUUGAAAUUUCCAAGGUCCACAGGACAUGGUAUGAAGCAAGACAAAUUUGCCGGCACAAAAACGGCCUCCUUGCUGUUUUAAGCAGCAAAAGCAUAAUUAGAAGCCUCGGCGCAAGUUUGGAUUUUUUUGUGACCGGCAAACAAGUGAGCAAAGAUAUCAAAAUGUUUGUAGGCCUUAAGUACGUCCCUGAUUUCCGAUGGACUGAAGAUAAAGAACCUGUUCUAAACUCUAUGUGGUUUCCGGGUCAGCCUGAUUUGUUUAAGCUCCCAAAAUCCAGCUGUGGCGCUAUUAAAUUUACUCGAUUUGGUUGGAGGUUGGUUCAAGUGAACUGUGGUGAACCUAGUGGCCUAAUCUGCCAACAAGACGAACGUAAUCUAGCCUAUCAGAGACCUGUUAGGACAAAUGCUUCUGCUUCUUUUGGACGUCCAACUCUGGCUACAGAUGGAAGUUAUGCAACUUGCUUCGCAACGACAAAGGGUAGCCAGCCCUGGCUUGAAGUGGACCUACGGAAGCCAUUUUUUAUAAAGAAAGUAAUAAUAACCAACAGAAGAGACUGCUGCUUCCAAGACAAUGAGCUAGGAGUUACGCUUGGGAGAAGAGGCUCCACUUCACAACUCUGUCCUAUGCGUACCAACGUUUUCUUAAGUAAAAGUACAAUCUUUGUCUGCAGUCAGCAACUGAAAGUCCGUUACGUGACUAUUCAAGCUUUAAAGUUGGACAACUUGACUCUUUGUGAAGUGAUGGUUACUGCUACAGAAAGAAAACAAGACUUCAAAGGAGUUUUCCAAGAGGUGUGGCAUCACGUGUCAUCAUAUUCAGUGGAUAAACUUCGUUUGGACGAUCGCUUCCCUUCACAACCAGAGAAGAUAGCUCGUAUUAAAGACUUUGAUGCCCCAGUUUACAAUCUGAUUUAUUACGGACAAAGUUUAACGACAUAUCUUCAGGUUCCAGUCAGUGGCGAAUACGUCUUCUACGCUGCCUGUAACGAUGCAUGUGAGCUCUGGAUCGAUAAUGCUACAGAAAGCACCCUCAAUGAAGGACAAAGUUUAACCUUUCACAGUUCAAAAGCGAAGAUUCUGGAUUUAUAUUACAAAAAUUUUGUGGGACACAACGUGUGGGACAGGUAUCCCGAUAAGCAAACGUCUCUUCCAAUAUUUCUCAGUAAAUGCAACCUUUAUAAGCUCGAAAUGUUGAUGAAACAAGACUCUUCUACUGACUGUGCAUCUGCUGGUAUGCGACUGCCUAAUGGUACAUUUGAGAGGCCAAUACCAAUGAAAAGGCUGUUCUACGUUCGUCCUGGGUACAGAAAUAUCAGCUUCAAUUUUAUUGGUUACGAUGGAAAUAGGAUCAUUACAGUUGCAAGUAAUCGGUUGAUAGAUGUCAAAGCAUCAUAUGAGUAUUGCUGCCUUGGAGUCUAUUGUCCAGUCUGUCCAGUCAAAGUUUAUUUACAGUUGGAUGAUAAGGUGUUUCUGGUCAACGAGACUCUUUCCAUGAACUGCAACACUAGCCAUAUAUUUGAGUUCAAGCUCAGCCUUCUGAAACGUCCAAAGUCCUACCCAAUCAAGAUACGUUUUAGCUUUGUUGAUGAAGAAAACAGUAGAGAACAAGAUUUGACAGUUGGAGAACUUGUCAUAUAUGCUAAAACUAAAUUCGAGUGUAACUACAUAAAGGACACGUGUUCUUGGAAGAAUGGAAAUAUAGCUAUGCAUAACCAAUGGAACUUUACAAAAGGAAAUGAAGGGUAUUACUUAUCAGCGAGUGAAUUCCACACAUCGGCUUGGUUGGAAAGUGCUUGGAUUCCAAAUGAUGAGGUCACAAAUGUUCUCGGCUGGUGUCUGUCAUUCUAUUUUCUCCUUCCAAGUACUUCACAACUUCAAGUCAUCCUAAAAACGCCCUCAAACCACAACGGCUCAGCGAUAUGGAGUCUGAGCGGCUUUCAGAGUAAGAACUGGUCUAUCGCUCAGAUAUCUUGGAAAUCAAAAGAAAGUAUAAAGCUCAACUUUCUUGGUAAAAGCAUGGCCGUCCAUGGUCUUGGUGUGGGUAUUGAUUCUUUAUCUCUAGUUGCGUCUAGUUGUCCACGUCUUCCAAUCCAUAGUGAGCCAGGGUACAAAUGCAAGAAUGAUACGGAGUUCCAGUGUGCAAAUGGUCAGUGCAUCAACAAGGAAUUGGUGUGUGAUGGAGAUGCUUUCUGCUCCGAUGGCUCAGACGAAACCAACUGUAAGUGCUUUUCGCACCAGUUUUCUUGCUCCAACGGCGAGUGCAUUGAAGCCAGUCAACUUUGUAACGGUAACGAAGACUGUGUGGAUGGUUCGGAUGAAAGUCGAUGUACAGAUGAAGAUCGCUGUGAUGCAAGUUCAUUUCAGUGCGUGAGUGGCUCGUGUGUCCCAUGGUCCCAGACAUGUGAUGGAGAUUAUCAGUGUGACGAUGAAACUGACGAGCCCGAAAUCUGCGGGUCUUCAUCGUGUCCAAUAAAUAACAUGAGUUGCUCAGCAUUGGAUAACGUUACGUUUGGUGUGGAGUGUGACAAUAGCAAUGCUCAUUGUGACUUUGAGAAAGGUUUGUGCAGCCUCUCACAUGAUCCAGAGGGUGAGUUUCAGUGGCAGAUCAGAUCUGGUUCAACACCCACUCAAAGAACAGGGCCAAAUUUUGAUCACACUACCCUUAACCAAACAGGAAAGUACGUCUACAUCGAGGCAUCUGACAAAAACCCGGGAAAAAGAGCACUGUUACUGAGUGAUUACCUGGAGGGUGAAGAACCAGUGUGCAUUAGAUUCUGGUACCACAUGAAGGGAAUCCAUAUAGGAACGCUCAACAUCUACAGCAAGAGGAACAGCUCUAGGCAGUUGCUAUGGACCCGCAGCGGGAACAAGGGAGAUAAAUGGUUGUAUGGACAGAUUGGUUACAACAGCACUGAAACAUUUAAGAUAUUAUUCGAAGGGACAAUAGGACGUGGUUCACGUGGUGAUAUAGCAUUGGAUGAUCUAACGAUUGCAUAUGAUAAUUGUACGACACUCGAUCAUGAAGGGCAAUACGUGGUUUGUCUAAAUUUUAUAGUUCAGCUGUUUUGUAACUUUGAUGAACACACCUGUGGUUGGAGGAAUUCCCCUGGUUGGACGAUGAGUCGAUUUGGAAACAGACCUGUAUCACAUGAUUGGCAACAAAAGUUGGGUGGUUAUUUAUACCUAUCUUCAUCUGGCAUUGGAUCAUGGGAAACCCUCACAAGUCCCAUCAUCUCUACAAAUGACAACAUCGCUUGCAUUACCCUUUGGUUUUACAUCUACACUGGAAGAAAGCUUGGCAGCGAGAUCCGGCUAAGUAUCAAAAGCAAGAAUAAAGUCAAAAGAUUAUGGAUUAACUCUACAGAUACACAUUGGCAAUACUCACAGAUACCGCUGACCAGUAACAGCGAUUUUCAAUUGAUAAUCGAAGGACGCAAGACAACUGAACGGUCCCUCGUGCUUCUGGAUGACAUAACAUUAAGCAAAGAAUCCUGUGACCGCAUUCCCAAAGCAGAGCUUCAUCAUCCAGCUUCUUCCUUAAAUGCAGAAAAGUACUGGAAACUUGAUGGAACAGACAAGGACCUUAGGAGCUUUGGUUUUAUGGUUUACAAAGAAGAUGGUGGACGCAUGGCAGCUUGUUUUGAUGGCAAAACCACACAUCUUGAGACACCAGCUAUUGACUUUCAUGCGAGAAGCUUCAGCAUAACUUGUUGGGUUAAAGUUGAGGAUCCAAAUUUAAUGAGUCAUAUUUACUCGGAUUGGUCUCAUCCAUUCCAGUUCCGUCUAUAUGCCUAUAAGGGGUUUCUGAUCGUGGUUCUGCGUGGAAGGAGUAACAAUGCGGCCAUUAUAAACUUGGUUUACUUGCAUAUACGUAUCCCUAGUGGAGAAUGGACUUUCACUGGUUUCUCAUGGAAUCGCCAAACAAAAAGAGCCGUUCUAUUCAGAGACCAAUAUUCUAAACAAAAAACAGUGGAUAAGAAUAUCAAAAACAUUAACCUCAGAGUAACAAACCACACCUUUUACGAAAUUGGGUUCAAAAAGGAUUCAGGCCAAAGGUUCCGCGGAUGCCUAAGGGACCUGACAGUGUUCGGUUAUGCGAUAAGCGUUGGGGAAAUGCUAUUUAGAUACAUGCCAUCAAGCACUUUAUGUCCAAUACGUCAAACAUUGUCUGGUGAAUGUUGUUUUUUUCCUUUCAUUUUUAACGGGAAACUUUACCACCACUGCUUCAAAGGAAAGUAUGGCACAUGGUGUAGUUUGACGCCAAACUAUGAUAGAGAUAGAAAAUGGGGUUAUUGUCAAGUCGAUGCUGAGUGCAGGACUGUAGAUGAUGGUUGGUGUGGAUGGCAAACCGUGGCCAAUAUCAGUACCCCUUGGAAACAAGUGAAAGACCACGACAUGAGGAAAACAAAAACGGAAAUUGACAACAUGUUUAACAGCACAAACUGGUCGCAUACAACAAAUAAUAGGACAAACGAUUACGAAGUCCAUUUCCCCAAAAACCAUGCAGACUACAUCAACAUAACCAAUAUACCAGACAUGACAAGCUUCACCAUCUGCAUGUGGUUACGAACAAACGACACAAGCCCUGGAACACCAUUCAUAUACAGAGUACGAUACGAAGAGGUGGGAAAACAUGUGUUGGCAAUUGGUUUGGUCGAUUAUACUGGAAUAACCGUAUUCGUAGGAGAACAUAGGUCGGGCAAAACCAAUUGGAAAUUAAACUUGGGUAUUUGGAUUCAUGUUUGCCUUCGAUGGAUCAGCAAUGAUGGAACCAUGCACUUCAACCGUGAGAAUGAUUAUUCCAGGGGUAUAGUAUACGCCAAAGGUGAAAAAAUACCAGGGAAGGGAGAGCUCAUCGUUGGAGUUACCUCGUCAUAUGCCAGGUUCGUCGGUGAAGGAGUCGGUCAGUUUGUUGGCGACAUAAGCGACUUCAACUAUUGGAAUUGGUUUUUAUCCAAUGAAGACGUGAAUUUGAGGUCUGUUGGAUGUGGUUUGAAAACAAUCCCACCUCACAUCUCGUGGGAACUACUUAAGAGCUUUUUCGUGGGAGGUCCGUUGGUUAAGCAGCCCGCAACAUGUAAAGACAGUAGACAUCCUCGAGUCUUACUAAAUCUUCUCAACACAAAUGGAGAAUAUUCUACAUCUACAACGUUUUUAAGUCCAUUAUUUCCGAGUUCCUUUACUCAAUACGGCCUAUGUUUAAGAUUCGCUUACCUGAUCUACAGCCACGUCAACCAAGAGCUUCUGGUAUUUCAGCAUUUAAAGGUUGAUAACUUCGCAGCGCGGCUUGUUUGGGCCGUGAAUGAAUCAGGAGAAACAAACGUAUGGGGAUAUGCUAGAGCUUCCAUUGCUGGAGUUUCUUCAUAUAAGCUUUCGUUCCAGGCCACUACAGGUAACUUGCCAGGCUACAUAGCCAUAAAAGGAAUUCAGGUCAUGAAUGGAUAUUGCACGUCAAAGCCAGCAGAAUCCCACAAAGUAAACUCACAAAGAUUUACCUCCCCAACUGGGUACGUACAGUCCCCUUUCUUUCCCGGGUACUACGGACCUUCAUCCACGUAUCGAUGGCACAUCACAGUCGAAUCACAGAGCAUAAUCCGCUUGUACUUCGUGUCCUUCAUCUUGGAAGAUCACCCGGAAUGCACCAAGGAUUAUGUCUCGGUGUACAGUAUGGAUUUGAACACCAGGAUUGGCAAAUACUGUGGUAUUAGACAUCCAAAUUUUGUGGAUUCAACAGGGAACGUCAUGAUUGUCGUGUUUAAAAGUGACAGCAACGUGGAGAGACAAGGAUUUAAGCUGCUUUACAACUCAAGACCUGCAAGAAAAAGAAGAAAAGAAACAUGUAUAUCCUAUAAAGGUUGUCCUGUUGGGUGCCACUGCAGUCUAAUGUCCAGUAACAACAAAUGGCUUGUCAUCAAGUCCCAGGACACAUCGAUCUUAUCAGCCAUACCUUCUGAUAUACCCAAAGAAACGAAGCUCCUGUUAUUGGCAAAUAACAGGAUCUACCGUAUCAUGAACGACUUCACGUCAAGUGCUCGUAAUUUGGAGUAUAUCGACUUGUCGAAUAACAUAAUCACGCAUAUGCAAGAAAGUGCGCUGGAACAAUUGAAAUCACUAAAAGUUGUGAGGAUGAAUAAGAACUUCUUAAGAUCUCUUCCUUCGGAGGCUUUUCCAUCAACCAACCAACUAUCGACUUUAGAUCUUAGCAGCAACCUUCUCACUACCAUUGAACCUACAUUUUUGCGUCCAUUGACCUCACUUCGCGUACUGAGUCUUCGCUCCAACAAGAUUACGUUUCUGAAUGAAAGAGUCUUCGAGAAAAACUCAAACCUUACAACACUAUACCUUAACUUCAAUCAGAUAGAGAAAAUUCCGGAACUUUUGUUCAGUCAUCUGCAACAGCUGAAAAUUCUGUAUUUGAACGACAACAAAAUCAAAACAUUUACUUCAAAGAUGUUUAGCAAAUUAACCUCUAUUGAAAAACUUUAUUUACAACACAACUAUCCUCUACAUCUUUCACCGGAGAUAUUUUCGAGACUGCAAAACCUGAAGGAACUGCACGUGGAUGGGUUCUUCCUCUGUUGCUAUGCCAAGAAAGCUAUCCCGAAUGUAAAAUGCAUAUCACCAAAAGAUUUCUUCUCAAGCUGCUCAGAUCUGAUGAAAAAUAAAACAUUACAAAUCUUCAUCUGGAUUCUCGGUCUGUCGGCCUUACUUGGCAACGUCUUUGUUGUGAUACUGCGAAGCAUUAUCAAGGAAGACAACAAGGUCCAYUCCUUUCUGCUCACCAAUCUUGCAAUUGCAGACUUCCUAAUGGGAGUAUACUUGCUCAUCAUUGCAAUAAAAGAUGUUGAAUUCCAAGGAGAGUACUUCAGACAUGACUCUACGUGGAGAACUGGAAAUAUCUGCAAGUUUGCUGGUGGAUUAUCUUUACUGUCCAGUGAAGUGUCUGUUCUCUUUCUAACAUUUAUAACUGCAGAUCGACUUAAAAAUAUCGUCUUUCCUUUCCGCUCUAGAAAACUUAACCUAAAAAGCGCUCGCCUUAUCGCGGCUGCCAUUUGGAUUGUAGGCAUUGUCCUGUCCGUAAUACCAAUGGCAAACUUGAGCUACUUCUACGACGAGAAGCGUCGAGUGGGUUACUAUGGAAGAUCGGCUUUGUGUCUGCCUCUUCAACUGUCAAGAGACAAACUUGCCGGCUGGGAAUACUCCGUGGCUAUUUUCAUCGUUUUAAAUUUGAUUUCAUUUGUUUUCAUUGCCGUGGCAUAUAUCAUCAUAUUCAUAACAGUUCAAAAGUCAUCUCGAUCUAUCCGUUCAACUUCAAUCAAACGAGAAUCUCAGAUGGCGAAGCGGAUGGCGUUCAUCAUCGCCACAGAUUUCUUUUGCUGGAUGCCUGUUAUUAUCAUCGGGAUUCUUUCCUUGCUGGACCUGUUUCAUGAUCCAGAACAACAGGUUUAUGCCUGGUUGGCUGUGUUUGUGCUUCCUGUUAACUCGUCCAUCAACCCAAUCCUUUACACAUUCUCUACGCCAAUCUACAAAGAAAUUAUUAAGAAGAACAGUGCAUUUUUUGGUUCAAGCAAAACGCCCAGCACUAAAUCUGGUGAAGGAACCUCUUCCACUCAAAUGAAGGUAAAAACUUCAUUACAAGGCCCAACAAGCAGCAACAAAACUGGCUUCAAAAAGCGAUCAAACACAGAAUCCAGAAAGAAAAAACAGGAACCAAAUACGUCCGAAUAUGCAACUGAACGAAACUUCAAGACGCACAGUUCUCGGAAGAAGAAGGAUAAAACAGAAUUAUUAACGUUUAGUAAUGUGACGAUAGAUGACGCUGAACCGGACAAGAUUAAAGAGGGGAUGCCCUUUGGCAGUUCAUGCGAUCCUGAAGCAAUAUUCAAAGUUGUCGAAGUUCCAAAGAUCCUCCUCGAAGAAACAAAUGAAACAACGGGAUUUCUCGUUGUGUGUACGAAAGAACAACACUGCUUACAACUCAUGAAGUAUAUGCAUGCUGAUGAGUAUAGUAACUGGAUGAAGGAGGCCAGAAUUGCUUCUUUAUUUGCAAAAACAAAUUCAAAAAACGUCAUUAAAUACUGCUGGCAUGCCAAAGGCGAACAAGUGAAGCUUGUAAUUGAAGAAAAUACAGAACACGUGGAAGCUGCCUCACUGUUCAUCAGUUAUGAAUAUAUAUCUAGUGUGACACUCGAAGACCUGCUCAAAGACAACACAAGAUCCAUGUCUUUUUAUUCAUUGUGUGCUAUUAUCAACGAUCUCCUUAAUGCGCUGAAGGAAUUACACCAACACUCGAUUGUACAUGGCAGCAUCUUCCCUGGAAAUAUUCUCAUUAAGGAAUACGAAAACGAUCCUCCUUUGCAAGCAUUUCUUUGUGGAUUCUCCAAGGCCAGAAUCGCUGAUCAAAACAACAAGAAUAUUCAUCUGGGAGAAAAUAUACAACAGUUUGGAGCCAUUUUUGAGACGCUAAUGAAACAAUACUGGAUUGUAAAUGACGAGAUCAACCGAAUCAUCGAAAUGUGUAGUGAGCAUGGCGUUAUCACACGUCCAACAGAAAUCAAAGAUAUUAUAAUGGACACCUUAAACUAUCAGGAACAUCACAUUACAUCACUAUGAAUACUUUUGUUAUCACUCACGUCCAACAUACAGAAAUCAAGGAUAAAGUCAUAUCAUAUAUCCGUGAAACAUGUUGCAAGAAAUCGCACAAAUGAGUAAAUUCAGUAAGCCUCAGUAAACCAUAGACCUAUAAAACUUUGCCGUAAUUUGGACAAUUACAGGGUUGUUUCAGGGUUCGAUCUGUAAGUUAGCUAGAAGAUUAGAAAUGCAAUAUAACGAACCAUUUUAACUGCACCCGUUGAUGACGAUGGUGAUGACAAUGUACGAUUUUGAUGGUGAUGGCGAUGGCGAUGGUGAUGAUAAUACAAUGAUUGGGUUUUACGGUGGGACAAAAAACCCGGGAGAAAAACCUUUUAAUCAAAGGGAGACCUAACAAACUCUAUUCAUCAUGUGAUGCUGAUUCCAGAAUUCGGACCCAAGUCCCCAGAAAGGAAGGGCAAAUUAACUGUCUAGAUAAAUUGGUGAAUUAAGAAUCAAGAUGGCAAAAAAACAUUAAAAAAAGGGAAGAAAAACGUUCAAUAUUAUUGAAAGUAAACGCUUUCAAAAAGUAGCUAUCAAACGGUAACAAGUUUAUUUUAAACUAUAUUUAUAGCAGUCAGUACGAAUUCAUCCAGUAAGAAAACAUACGUUCACAACGAUGGAUGAUACUCGGCUUCCUAUCUACAGUUGCUUAGCAACCAGAAUCUUUUGUUCAUCAAGAUAAACGACACUUGAAAAGAUUGACAGAUUAUGUUAUUGUUAUUGCGAGAAAAGUUUUUUUAAGCAGCUGUUGCACAUACUCGGUUACACCAGCAAUCUACUUGUUAAGAACUGCAGACUUCAUCGAUAUUUUUGCUUCCAUAAAUUUACGAAAGAUAACCUAAA